AUGUCGGGAUUCAAGAUGGCGAUGCCUGGAAAGGGCAAGGCGCGAGGUCGUGGCCAAAGCACACUGGCUGCUUUUGGCGACGACGAGCCGAGCCCAAAGAAACGGCUGCUCACACUGCCUUCGGAUGCCCGGCCAUCAGGCAAAGCGGGCGACGAGCCUCCUGUUGUCGAGCCGCCGACUGCCAAGGAGUCUAGCCCACCAGCAGAGGUUGAGGCAGAUGCUUUAGAUGCCUUCAUGGAGGACAUCACCGCCAAAGCUGCCGAACCUGCUGGAGAUGACACGGCUUUCUCGAAGAAGGCCUUGGCGUCCUGGGAAGAUAUGCCGGCAGACGACCACGUGGCCUCAUACUGUGAGCUCUGUGACCAGAAUGCCAGCAACGAAGGCAACGAAGGUGAGGACGAGGAGGACGAGAACCAGGAUCGGCGGCGGAAGCCCAUCGAGCCCCUGCCAAGGGUGAACCAUGAGGAGAUCGAGUACGCCGAGGUGGAGUUUGCGUUUUACAAACCUCACCCAGAGAUCGAGAUCCUUGGCGAGGAGGAGGUCGCUAGUCUCAGAAAGGCCUUUGGAGCCCUGGGAUCUGUGGCCAUGGCAGGCAUGGCAGGCUAUGAAAGCAGUCCGAAAGCUACUCCAGACGCGGCUGGCUUCGUGGUCUUCGAGGUGGCAUGCUCUCAGACCCGGCCGGGGGACGCAGUGUUUGUCGUGGGAAGCCACGAGGCGCUGGGGGCUUGGAAGACCGCCAUGGCCCUGCCUCUCGAGACGUCGAAGGACACCUUUCCCAAGUGGAGGUCCGCUAAGCCGGUCCCUCUACCUGUCGGUUACAACGUGGAGUACAAGUUCUUGGUGCAGAAGGAAAGCCGAAAAGGGCCAGCUCAGUGGCAGAGCUUCCAGGGCAACUACAGGGUCACCCCGGUAGCCAAUGAAGUGCUCCUGGCCACUUCGGACUGGACAAAAGCUUCGGCCGAGCUGUCCAGCCUUGGCCCAUCUGGCCCAUCCGAGAAAGAGCCUGAGAAGGAAAAGGACACCAAGGAUCGGGCCGCUGCAAAGCAGGAGAAGGAGGAGAUCCUCCUGAAAAUGGCAGAGAGUGGCGUGGACAAGGCAGCUGCUGAAGUCACCUCAACCUGUCCCUUGGCCGUGACCUUGGAGAAUCGCGAGAUGAGCAGGAGGAACUUCUCCCAGAGCCUUCUGGCGUUGGAUGCCACAGAGCCCAGUCCAAGCCAUGCCCAAGACAAAGACGUCAAAGACGUCAAGUUGGACUCAAAAGACUCGAAAGAGCCCCAAGACUCGAAAGACCAAAGCGAAGCAACCGACGCCAAGGACGCUUCGCCAAAAAAAGAAGCCAAAGCCGAGCCUCAGGAAAUCCCCAAGGAUGAUUCCAGCAAGGACGUCGUGGUCGUGCAGACGCCCUUAGACGAAGACUUGGAGGAUCUUGAGGUGCCACUCCGAAACGAUGAGUCAUCCUCACCAACGCGUGGUGUCUCCCUGAGGCACAUCACGAGCUUCUCAGCUUUGGAGACCGUGGCCGAUCCAGAGACGAAGGCUGAACAUCGUAAGGGGAAGAAGACUGCGCAGUCGCACUACGACCCGUACAAUCUCAAUGUUCCUGUUGUUAUUGUGAGCAGCGAGGUUGCGCCAUACUCGAAGACAGGAGGUCUAGGCAUGGUUGCGGCGUCCUACGCCUUCGAGUUUGCCAGGAACGGUCACCGGACCAUGGUGGUCUCCCCCAAGUACAAGCACUUCGAGGGGAUCAACUACAUCGGAGAGACGCGUGUCCGGGUCAAUGACACCGAUGAGGUUGUCAAGUACUUUCACAUGCGCAAGGACUAUGAGGAUGGCAAGGGGACCGACUACUUGUUCAUUGAAGGGUCCGGCAUUCAGAGAGACGGCGGUCUCUACAACGACAAUGAUGGCCGCGAGUAUCCGGACAACCUCUACCGCUUCACCUUGCUCUGCUUGGCCGCAAUGGAGGCGCCCCUCAUCCUUGACAUCAACAAGCAGGGCAAGUAUGGUGAUAAGGUGAUUUUCCUGGCCAAUGACUGGCAGGCAGGAAUGGUCCCGGUGUACUUGUGCUACAAGUACCGGCGGCACAACUGCUACUCCCAGGCACGAUGCAUCUAUGUGAUCCACAACAUGGGCUACCAGGGCCAGUACCACGGAUACGAUGCUUGCAGGUUCUUCGGCAUUGAUGACAAGGCAGCUGGAGACUUGGUGCUGGGCAACUGCGUCAACCUGUCCAAAGGAGCACUGAUCUGUGCAGACCGGGUGCUGACAGUGUCGCCGAACUACGCAAAGGAGAUCCAGACGCCACAGGGUGGUUUCAAUCUGCAGGACUUCGUGUCGGCAAAGGCCGCAUCCCUGCGUCUGGCGGGAAUCCUCAAUGGGAUUGACGAUUGUUGGGAUCCUGCAGUGGAUCCGGAUGUCUUCGUGCACUUUAGCGUCGAGGACUUCGAGCAGGGCAAGAAGGAGAACAAGCUUCAGCUUCAGCGAACGCUGGGGCUCGAGGAGAACGCCGAGUUGUGCCUCAUUGGCUUCGUUGGGCGCCUGACGUGGCAGAAGGGCGUCGAUGUGAUGGCUUCCAUGAUCUCGUGGCUGAUGACGGACACGGGCAAUGGGGUCACCGGCCGCGUUCAGCUGAUCAUGAUGGGCAACGGGGACCGGCAGUACUCUGACACACUGAGAUGGGCAGAGUCCAACCACAAGGGCCGUGUUUGCGGCUACGUCGGCUUCGACCCGAAAGUGGAGCACCAGAUGAUGGCGGCCUGUGAUCUGCUCCUGAUGCCUUCACGCUAUGAGCCCUGUGGCCUACCCCAGAUGUACUCGCAGAUGUACGGAACCUUGCCCAUCGUCCAUGCGACUGGGGGCCUGGUGGACUCCGUGAAGGACGUCUCGGAGGGGGUCGAGGUCGCCACCGGCUUCCUCGUGGCCCCGCUGAGCUCCGACGCGCUCAAGGAGACCGUCUAUCGCGCCGUGGAGCUGAAUUUGAAGCGAAAGGAGGACUUCUGCAGAAUGCAGCGGACAGCCAUGCAGAGCGACUACUAUUGGCCCAAGGCCAUGGAUGAGUAUGAGCGACAAAUUGACAUCGUGCUCUACGAGUGCGGAACGGUUCGAUGA